GUUUCUGGGAGAUGGCAUCAUUUUAUUUGUUUAGUUGAUUUAGUGAGGACGUCUGGUGGAUAUUGUAGUCAAAUUACGAAUCGCGAGAAUUUUUAUUAAAUUUUAAACUUUGAAUUUACAAUUUUCGAAAAAAAUGUUCAAGUUUAGUAGUUUGACAAUCGUUACCGCUUUGGUUGCUCUCGUAGUUGCUGAACCACCAGUUUCAUACAGACCGACUGGAUCGUACCUACCACCAACACAAUCAUACUUACCACCAUCCGGUUCGUAUGGAGCACCAUCCAUCGGUGGAUCGAGUUUCGGUAGCAGCAGCGGAUUCGGUAGCAGUGGAUUCGGUGGAUUCUCUUCAGGUGGAUUUUCAUCCGGUUCAAGUGGUGGAUAUCAUGCCGUAAGCACCGGCUACCAAGAACGCGAAGGACAAUACAUCGAUCCGCAACUUUUGCAAAAAAUUGAACAAAUCUUAUUGGAUCAAGAAAAUACGGUCGGAGGAGGUGGUUUCAGUGGACACAGUGGACACGGAUUCUCUGCACCUUCGUCCAGCUAUGGACCACCAUCGCACAACUACUUGCCGCCAUCUUCAUCGUACGGUGUACCAAGCCGAGGCCGUGUCGUUGGUGUACAUAUCGGACAACCCGUUCCGUCAAUUCAAGUCGCCCAAUUCCACAAAGAAGAAUACGCACCAUCGCACUCAUACGACGCUCCAUCGCAUUCAUAUGGUGCACCAUCUUUCGGCGGAUCAUCUCAUUCGUUCGGCGGAUCGUCUCAAUCGUUCGGCGGAUCCGGUCAUUCUUUUGGUGGAUCAUCCCAUUCUUUCAGCUCUCCAUCACAAUCAUUUGUACCACCUGCACCAUCAUCUUCCUAUGGCGCACCGUCAUCCUCUUAUGGAGCACCAUCGUUCUCUUCGCCCUCUUAUUCAGCACCAAUUCGAUCAUAUAUUCCACCAAAAACAUCGUACUUACCUCCAUCCAGCACAUAUGGAGUUCCUCAUUAAUCAAAUGCAACUAGGAAAAUUCGACGAACCUCGUUGGGGUUACGAGACAUUCAAUUUGUGAUUGGAAAGUAUUGUGUAUAUAGAUUAACGACCAAAUAAAAAUAUACGAAAACUGAA